UCCCCGUUACAUCAUUCCACAAUAUGGCAGAUUGUAGUGGCGGACGGGAUUCCCGUGCAAUCGAUUCCCGUGGCGAACCGCCUUCCAAAAAAUAUAAAACUACCAAAGAUUCAGUUUUUGAUAAAUACUGGGAUGACUCAAAUGCUGUGGAAAGACUUAAGAAAAUAGCUGAAUUGCUUACAACACGUGAUUACUGUUUCUGUUUGCUAAAGAUUUUGAAAUGCAAUGCAGACAAAGGGAAUGCCUUUUCACAAGCAUAUUGUGAAACUUCAACUAAUUCCAAAGAAACCAGUGCUGGAGCAAGGUCUAUUGAUGCAUAUCGUUUUUCAACUGUUUUCAAACAUGGAUACUCUAUGGUAAUGAAUUAUACAAAUGACAGGAAUAAUGUUCCUGAGAGACGAGGUGAUAGAAUUGCUUUGGAAAGGCUGUUGAACGUGUUGAUUAAUCUAAAAGAUAUUGAGGAGGCAUUGAAAAAUGCCCAAUCUGCCAAGGAAGUUGACUGGACAAUUACACUGGCUCAUCACCUUCUCAGAAAUUUGGCAGUUAAUCAAACUUACGUUGUUGACAAUCAUUACGCAGGAAGGUCAUGCAUCUGUUUUUGCUGCAAGCAAACAAUCACAGGAAGCUUUGGAGAUACAAGCAUUGGUUGCACUGCUGUAUGGCAUGGGUACCUUGACCUCAUUUUGGGUUCUGAAGUUCCUGUUAAAGCUGCAGAAGAUGAUGAUGAGGUGGUAUGUGAAGGGAAUAAGUCAUCCUCUGAAUUUCCAGCAAAACACAGGGAUCAGCUGAUUGCACAGACCAUUGUUUUUUCUUUUCUUCAGAAAAAAGAAAAAUCAACAUAUGAAAACUACCUGAUUCCAAGCAUUGGCAUUGCCAAGAAACAGGUCGUGCUUUUUUUAUAUGACAGUGAGCAUGACAUAUUGCUUGAGAGUAAACUGAUAAAAUUGUGGAGUCCAGGUGGUCACAUUAUCACAUCAGCAGUGUUAGCUGUUUGGUUAGCCAUCAAUUUCAGUUUUACAUGCUCUGGAGUAACAGAACACAUGAAAAAUUGUGGUUUUACUGCUGAUUUUCCAAAACAAGUUGGAAAAGAACUGAAAGUUUAUGAGAAAUGCUUAAGGUUUGGUUGUGGUCCUGGAAGUGAAGUAAAAGAAAUGUUUGAACCAGAAGUUUAUGACAUUUUUAAUUUGCAUUAAAUUUAGUUUCCCAAGGUUUGUUGGAUAUCAGAAUAAUUCGGUGUGUGUGGUUGCCUUAACAAUGCAUUUAGUUCUAUGCCAAAACCAUAAUCCUAGUUUUCCUCAUUGUAAUGUUUACCUUUACUUUCUUUUUAGCUCACCUGUCACAAAGUAGGACCUCUCUCAAGUUUGUUCAAAUAAUUUUGUUUUGCCCCUUUUAGGGGCCGCCAGAACUGAAAAUAGAAACAAGCCUUUAAACGACUUCUCUCAUGAACUGCAUGAUGCAUCUUCACCAAAUUUGGCCUUAAGCAUCCUUGCAAUGAUCUUUCUCGACUUUAUUAAAAGAAUUUUGUUUGGCCCCUUUCAGGGGCCGCUUGAGUUAAAAAUAGAAAAACCUUUAAACAACUUCUUCUCAUGAACCGCUUGAUGGAUUUUCACCAAAUUUUGCCUGAAGCAUCCUUGCAAGGACCUCUCUCAAGUUUGUUUACAGAAUUUGUUCGGCCCCUUUUAGGGGACGACAGAGCUAAAAAUAGAAAAAAAACCUUUUAAACAACUCAUGAACCGCUUGAUGGAUCUUCACCAAAUUUUGCCUGAAGCAUUGUUGCAAGGACCACUCAAAUUUGUUCAAAGAAUUUUGUUUGGCCCCUUUUAGGGGCUGCCAGAGCUAAAUUAGAAAAACCUUUAAAUGACUUCUCAUGAACCACUUGAUGGAUCUUGACCAAAUUUGGCCUCAAGCAUCCUUGCAAAAACUUCUCUCUAUUUUGUUCAAAUAAUUUUGUUUGGCCCCAAAAGGGGCCACCAAAGCUGAAAAUAGAUAUAACCCUUAUAGACUUCUUCUUAAGAUCCUCUUGAUAGAUCUUCGCCGUAUUUGGCCUGAAGCAUCCUUGCAUGGACCUCUCUGAAGUUUGUUUUGUUUUAAAAAAUUUGUUUGGCCCCCUUUUAGGGGCCGCCAGAGCUAAAAAUAGAAAAACCUUUAAACAACUUCUUCACAUGAACUGCUUGAUGGAUCUUCACCAAUUUGGCAUGAAGCAUCCUUGCAUGGGACUUUCUCAAGUUUAUUGAAAGAUUUUUGUUUGGCCCCUUUUAGGGGCCACCCUAGCUAAAAAAAAGAAAAACUUUUAAACGACCUCCUUAUGAACAGCUUGAUGGAUCUUCACCAAAUCUUGUCUGAAGCAUUUGUGCAUGGACAUCUCUCAAAUUUAUUCAAAUAAGCUAAAAAUAGAAAAACUUUUAAACGACUUCUACUCAAGAAUCACUUGUUCAAAGAAUUUUGUUUGGCCCCUUUUAGGGGAAUUAUCUCUCUCAAUACUUUUUCUUGUCAGGAGCAUACAGUCGAACUUCGAUGGCUCGAACUCGAGGGUCCCGUGGAAAUUAGUUCGAGUUUUCCGUUGUUCGAGCCAUCCAAAUGGUGGCCAUUUUAAAUUUGGGAAUUCGAGGGCAUGAUGUGUUACAAACCUUACAUCGUAAUAUAUUGUCAUAUUGUACCUAAAUGCGAGUAUGAUACGAUGAUAAAUAAAAAACGAACGCUGAAAUCUGCUUUAUUAUUUAUUUUCAAACAUGACAUGAUACGGAAAAAACACAAAUAAAACACUAAUAUAAUUAUAAGAAUUUGGUGAAGACAGCAUCAAAUAGAAAGACAUGAAUAACAAACCUUUUUGAAUCAUAGUCCAGUACAAAUAUUAUCAAAUUUAUUGCUUUCCGUAUCCGGGUCUUUUACUAAGUUGUUCAGCCAUGCUAAAGCAGUAUGAAAGUUGACGUCGGAUCUCCCGUUUUUAUGCAGAAAAAAAUAAAGACAGACGUAGUAUGUACAUUGCUCAAUCAUUUUAAAUAAUUUUAUUCGUAUAAAUCAAAGCCCAUUAAAGCAUUGCAGUGAACGAAAGUCACAUUAUUUAAUUUGUUUGUCGUAUACCGACGCUAAUUACGUAAGCGUGUGAAAAUUACGCACGCACCGAUUAAAGGCGAAUGUCAGGCAGAAGUGUGAAAAACUUUGUAAACACAAGCCAUCCCGGCAAAAAUUGUCUGUUCGACUGAACAGGUGUAAUUAUCUCUGUAAGUAAGCCGAGGGGACCACCAAAUGAGUUCGAGAGUUCGAAUUAUCGAAGUUCGAGCGAUCCGAGGUAGAACUAUAUAGAAUAAAGAAGGAAUAAAUUCGGGACUGGGCGAAGAGUUCGAGCGAUCCUGGGUGUUCGAAAGAUCCGAGUUCGAGCCAUUGAAGUUCAACUGUAAUUCUAAUUUUAUUGAAAAGAAUUAAUUUAAACUUUUCACAAUGAUAAGGGAUGAUAAGAGGUUGUGCGUAGUACAAGAAUAAUAACUUUGGCUAACCUCAUUUUUGAGUUAUGUCACUUGGUUACUCUUUAUUGUUUUGAAAUAAGUGUCAUUGCUCUUACUACUUUAGCUUUUAGUUGGUAACUUACGUCAAAGAUCAAGGCAACUUUGAACCUUUGUAAAAUAGAAUUUUCUGGAUUAUAACAUAUAUAUGCCUUUUAAUUAAGGGCUAAUCUGAGUUAUGUUGAAUCAUAAUUACCUUUUUGUUAUACGCCCGAAGGGACGUAUUAUGUUAUGACGCUGGUGUCCGUCUGUCCGUUAGCAAUUUCGUGUCCGCUCUGUAACUCUUGAACCCCUUGAAGGAUUUCAAGGAGACUUUAAACAAAUGUUCACCACACCGACACGAUGUGCAGAGCGCAUGUUUUGGAUGUCUCGCUUCAAGGUAAAGGUCACACUUAGGAAUCAAAGGUCAUAUCAGUUUGUUUCGUGUCCACUCUGUAACUCUUGAACCCCUUGAAGGAUUUCAAAGAAACUUGACACAAAUGUUCACCACACCAAGAUGACGUGCAGAGCACAUGUUCCGGAUGACUUGCUUCAGGGUCAAGGUCACACUUAGGGGUCAAAAGUCAUAUCGUUUGUUUCGUGUCCGCUCUGUAACUCUUGAACUGCUGGAAGGAUUUCAAAGAAACUUGGCAGAAAUGUUCACCACAUUGUAACGAUGUGCAGAGCGCAUGUUCCGGAUGACUCGCUUCAAGGUCAAGGUCACACUUAAGGGUCAAAAGUCAUAUAUGACUUUGCUUUGUGUAUACUGCUCUGCAUUGCAGUGCUCUUGUUUUUAUUUGGCAGAUCUCUUUUUUGUACUCACAAUAAUUUUUUUUUGAAUUACUUCCCUUUUAUGUUACUAUAAAUAGCUUAUUUUGAAACUUUUUUUAUUAAUGGCCAUAAGGAAAAACCGAGACCACUUUUCUGUGUUUCAACACGGAUGGUACCUCCAAUUUUAAGGUGUAUUUUUACCUACCUGUACCUGAUAAGGAUUUUUUUGUAGACUUUGAAUAUUUUUUUUGUGGACCUAGAUUUGUUUUUUGAAGUUAUCUUUUGUUGUUCCGGUCCUUUGGGGCUACAACAGUCAAGUUCUUAAAAUUUUGCUCCCAUCCUAUGAUGUAAGCCUUCGGGCGUAUAUUGCCCCGCUUGGUGGCGCUCUUGUUUUUAUUUAUUUCAGUAUUGUCAGUGCUAUUCAGGCUAUUGAACUAAUUCAUGAUAGGAACAUUAUAUUUAUACUUGUAGAUGCGUAUGUAAUAAAAAGGUUAUUAUCUUUGCAACGAAAAAUAUGCACUCGUUCUUCUGCUAAAGAACUCGUGCAUAUUUCCUGAUACAAAGCUAAUAACCUAUAAAUAUUCAUAGUCUUAGAGGACUAAUAUUCGUGGUUGCUUCAGUCCAUGAAUUUAAUCCCAACAGACAGUAUAUUUUUGUGUUCCCACAUUCAUGGGGGAGAGGGGAAGGCACUGUAUAGCAUUGCUGUUGUCCAUACGUCCCACUGUCCAGAAAUCUUGUGUGUCCAACUCGUCCCACACUAUUAGCCUGAUUUGCUUCAAACUUUCACUGUUGAACAAGUUUGAUGUGCAGAUGAUCUUAAAACAAGGAACUUUUGCAAUGACUAUUUUAACUUUGAUAGUUUUGCUAUAUAGAAUAUGGAGAAAGUCUUGUUUGUCCAACUUCUCCCACUCUAUUAGCCUAAUUUGCUUCAAACUUUCACAGAUGAACAAGCUUGAUAAGCAAAUGACCAUAAAGGAAGGAACUUUUGUUGUGAGUAUGUUUACCACAAUUUUGGCCCUUUCAUAGUUUUGCUAUAUGGAAUAUAAGGAAAAAUCUUGUGUGUCUGUCUCCUCAAACACUUUCAAAAUUUAACAUAAAUCUGGAAGCAUGUCAUUAUAUGUCAUAAGGGCUAAAUGUCUCGCUAUUAAUAGGGCAGUACAUAAAUCAGGGCAUGUGAACCUUAAACCUUGUAGGUCCACACAGAGAAAAAAUAUAUUUUUACUACCAUUUUUCAAUCAUUCUUUUCAGUAAAGGGGCAUGUUUUUUAUUUGAAUGUUAUUUUUAUCUGUAUCAAGCAUUGAGAAUUUGUGUUACAAUAUUGCUAUACUGCUUCAAGAAUUGUUAAUAGACUUGAAACUGCAAUAUAAGAAGAGCUUUGUCACAAUCUAUCUUACUCAAUUACUUGUAGUCUUUAUCUCCAGCAAAUGUACUUAAAAUGGUAAUUGGGUGAUUUACUGCAUAUGUAACUUUUUGACAGAAUGUUAAAAUGAGUAUCUUAACAUAGAUAUGUUGUUGAUUUCAUUGUUUAGUGGUAUCAUUAAUUACAUUGUACACACAUACGAGGGGCAUUCAAUAAAUACCCGGAAAAGUGCUCUCAAUUCUUCAUGUAUCAUCAAAAAUAAAUAAAAAUGCUACAAAAUGUAGACUAGGGAAUACUGAGUUGAUAUGUCAAAAUUAGAUUGUCUUUGGAUAAAUAAUAAGUAAAUGCGAGUUCCCAUGGCAACGUCAUGUGACGUCAUCCGGCCCAAUUUUGUCUCUUUUUCUGUUUUACAUGCGCUAAAACAUUACUUGCCACUUACCUAUUUUUCAAGCUACCUUUUCUUAAAUUGGGUGAAUAUUGGUAUGGAAAGUAAGCGUUACGCCAAUAACGUCAAAUUAAAAAUGUGACAUCAUUAAAAUAUUUGGCAGGCAUAUUGAGUUGGUCGUCGCUUGAAAAUCAGUGUUGAACGGAGAUGUGAGAUAACAUUUUGUGUUCUGAAUCAAAAAUCAAGGAAAGAGACAAAUGCUAUGCUGAAAAAGGUUUAAGGGACAAUGCCCUGAAAAAAACAAAAUUUUAUUAGUGGGACGUGACGUUUAAAAGUGGUCAGGAGAAUAUUGCUGACGACUUGUGUUACAGACAUGAAAAAUAACGUUCAGUCACAUUUAAUAAAUUAAAGAGCUCCUUGAUAGGGCAUCAGUUCAGUGUCAAAUUUCUUCAAUUUUCUUUGACAGUAACAUCAUAUGAACAGUAUUUAUUUAUUCUUAGGAAGGUGUAUAAAUGCAUUUAAUUGUGAUAAACAUUGAAUCAAUGGUAAUCACGAGUUGUAUUGAUUAAUUGAGUGUGAUAUAACAGCAUCAUAAUGACUUUGGGCCGCUUUUGAGGUGAUGGCGUUGCCUAGGAGACGACAAAUAAAUAUUGUGCAUGUUCUCAAAUCUGUAAUUUAGGUAUUUGCAUUCAGUAUGUUCAUAUCCUUAAUAUUUUCAAAUGUUACCAAAAUGAGACCAGAAAUAAAGAAAUGAGAGCACUUUUCCGGGUAUUUAUUGAACACCCCUUGUACUGUUAUAUUCACAUCAUGUAUAAUUGUAGAUUUUACAAAUUCUAAAUGAGGAGAUAUGCAAGAUUUUCCAAGAUGGGAAAUUAAGUGUCAUCAAAGUAACAAUGUCCUAUACUUUAUCUGUUCCGAGGUGUAUAAUCUGACGUUAAU